UUAAAAAAAAAAAAAUUCCAUCUGCCGUAAUUUCACUUUAUCUCAAACGUGAAAACCGGAAAGGUACGACGGCAGCUUCUCGAAAUAAGGCACAUGUGAUCCUCGUUCAUCUGUAAGCAUUAGAGGGCUCCAACUCGUUCUUAAAAAAAAAAAAUUUCCAUCUGACGUAAUUUCACUUUAUCUCAAACAUGAAAACCGGAAAAGUACGACAGCAGCUUCUCCAAAUAAGGCACAUGAGAUCCUCGUUCAUCUGUAAGAUUAAACAACAUUGGAAACGUGUGCCUGCGAUAUUUUAUCUCCUGAUAGAGGCAGCAUCAUUGGUAUUAAAUUUUAUUGAUAAAGGCCAGCUGAGUUUUCGUGUUGCUUCAUUAAUCUUAGCAACAUUUGCUUUUGGGAUGACAAUCGGUGUUUGUUUUCUGGAAAGAAACAUUUUAGUGGCUGACAGGCAAAUUGGAUUCAUGGACCUUGCCUCCUCCGGAAUCCAGUUUAUUGGUACACUUCUGACAGCUUUCGGUGUCAAGAAUUUCAACAAUUAUGAUGUAUCAGUUUUGCUGCUACUCAAUGCUACAAUAGCUGCUGUGUUCAUGUUCUUAAAGGAUGAAAAAGCUUUUGAUCACUCAACUUUUGAGGAUCAGAUGUUUUCAGACAUGGAGGAGCAAUUUCCUGUGAAUCCUUAUGGACCUUAUCAGAUUUCAGGAAGGGAGGACUUUCAUCUGAGACCCCCUGGAGGUGAUCCUGAUCCUUUGAGGACUUCAGAUAGUAGUAUUAUACCUGACAAUGUUGCUCAAACGCUUGACCCCUCAAGAAAUGGAACUCGCUGGACUCAAAUGGAUCCUGAAUUGAUGUCUUCUUCUGAGAGUUCUAAAGCAUCUCAGACUGCUGUUUUGGUCAACAAUGGUCCCUCAUCUUCAGUCGGUGCUCCUAGUGAUUUGCUGUUGUGUAAAUCUGUGGAAGAUUUACGAUCUACUGUUCAGUCUUUGGAAUCUGAGAAAGUAGGUGCUGCUUCGGUUGGCUCGAAUAAUUCUUUCUUGGAAGCUGAUGCUGAAAAGGACCGUUUGAUUUCUUUGGUCCAAAAUCAGGAAUUAACUAUCAAGAAUCAAUCUGCGGAAAUUGAAGCACUGCAAUCUGAUAUUUCUAAACAUAAGUCUUUAGUCAAUCAGCAAAGACGCGAGAUUGAUGAUCUUAACUCUCGAUUAGAUGCCCUUGGUAAGUCCCUUUCUUCAAGUCAACAAGAUAAACCUUUGACUAACAAAUCUUUGCAGGAUACCCCUUCCACUCUUGAGGCCAAAGACAAGCUUCUUAGGGAUAAAGAUAAGCGGAUCCAGCUUUUGAAAGAAAAAGAUUCUUUGAACGAAUCCAGCCUUGCGGUUCAAACAUUUAAAGAUCAAUCCAAGACCCUCAAGCAGGAACUUUCUUCAGCGAAUACCAUGGUUUCUAAAUCGAGAGAAUGUAAAGUGUGCUGUACUGAGAGAGAUGGUCUUAUUGCUAAAUUUCAGGCAUCCGAUUCUUAUAAUUCCAGCAUCAUUGAUGCAACUGCUGCCCCUGAUCAGAAGCUUAACAGAGAUCUUCAACAUGUUCGUGAUGAGUUUCAAGUUUCUGGGGAUCAAGUGAAAGCUGCUGGUACUUUUGUUCCAGAAUCUUCAGAGGGUCAUGAUGCCUCGGGAGGUAACAACAGCUAAGAAGAAGAAGUUUCUUCUAUAGAAUCCAAAGGUGCUGCUGCUCCAACAAACUCUACUUGUGUUCUUUACCUUUAGGAUGCUUUUUGUUUUAGUGGACGUUGCUCUUUGAAGACCCCUUUACUUGAGUCUUUAUUAUCUCUUUUGGGCAUAUUUCCUUGUAAUUUAAUCUUUAUAUAUGGUUUAUGGAAUGCUUCAGAUAAGAGUAUUACAUGAGUUAUUUU